AUGCGUGCGCCCGUCUUGCCUGGCGGAUCAAGCACGUUGAACGGCAACAGCCACCCCAGCAAUGGCUUCAACUCCACCACAUCCUCCUCCACAGCUACCACCACCUCCACCACCUCCACCUCCACCACUACUUCCAACAAAGCACCCAGCACCACACCAUCAAACAACUCCGUUGCUCCGCCUCGGGUAGGCAGCAUGAACCGUGCUCCCACCGCAAGCUCGACCAAGCAGGUCCCCUCUCUCCCCGUCUCUUCCUACUCCUUCUCCCACCCCCAUGCCCCUUCCCACUCCACCAUCGUCAUGGCCUCCCGUGGCCGCCCGCUCGUCUACCCCGCCAUGCUCUCCCGAGUUGCUUAUGCCUUCGUCGAACUGCUACAAGCUGGUGACCGCGUCAAGAACUCCUUGACCUACAAGAACGCCUUCUCCGGCGCAGAGGCCGUCGACCUCCUUAUGUACAUCCUCCAAACCCCUGACCGCACGCUCGCCCUCCUCCUCGGUCGGGCUCUCGACUCCAUGAAGCUGUUUCACGAUGUCACCUACGCUCACAAGCUUCGAGAUCACGCCGACGAAAUAUACCAGCUCCGUGAUGCCAUUCAAUCCGUCACCGCCGGUGUCAACGGCAUCUUCAUGCUCAUGACCGAGUGCUACUCUCCCACUUGCACCCGUUCGCAAGUAUGCUACGCCGUGCACUGUCCCAAGCGACUUGAGCAGCAAUUCAGAGCAAAGGAACUGCAUCCUUCACCCUCCAUCGCUGGCUCGUCUGCCACAACCCUUGACUCCUCCUGGUCUCUUAAUAACUCUGACGAUAACGGUGACGAUGACUCGGGAGAAAACAAGCUAUGGAUGCACACUGUCUCUCAGGAGGUCGCGGAUUCCGUCGACGACCGCGAAAAACGACGCCAGGAAAUCAUCUGUGAAGUCAUCUACACCGAGCGAGACUUUGUUAAAGACCUCGAGUACCUCCGUGACUUCUGGAUCAUCCCCCUUCGCAAAUCAAACAUCAUUCCUGAACACCGACGCGAGAAAUUUAUCCGUACAGUCUUUUCCAACGUCAUGGAGGUCCAUGCCGUUAACUCUCGUCUCGCUGAUGCCCUCACCAAACGCCAAAUGCAGGCUCCUGUUGUCCGCUGUAUCGGCGAUAUCAUGCUCGAACACGUUCCUCGCUUUGCCCCUUUCAUCAAGUACGGUGCUAACCAGCUUUAUGGUAAGCACGAGUUUGAGCGCGAAAAGUCUACAAACUCUCUCUUUGCCAAGUUCGUCGAAGAGACCGAGAGGAAGAAGGAAUCACGCAAGCUCGAGCUGAACGGUUACCUGACAAAACCUACUACCCGUCUUGCGCGAUACCCGCUCUUGCUUGAGGCCGUCUUGAAGCUCACGCCCGACGAGUCCUCCGACAGGCGCGAUCUCGCUGAAGCGAUCUCUCUGAUCAAGGGCUUCCUCUCGAAAGUCAACGUGGAGACCGGAAAAGCAUCCGAUCGAUAUGAGCUUAUGCAGCUCUCUCAAUCCCUGGUUUUCCCUCCUGGAGAGUAUGUGGAUCUCAAGUUGACGGAUGAGGACCGUCAAAUCUUGUUCCAGCAGGUGUUUAAGAAACGAUUGACCGACCAGCAAGGUGAUGUCACUGCCUACCUUCUCGAUCACUGUCUCUUAUUUGUCAAAAAGAAGACCGUUAAUCGAAGAGAGCAGUCCAAAGUUUUCAGAAAGCCAAUUCCCUUGGAGCUUUUGGUUGUGUCUCAGUCUGAAGAAGGGUUGGGAAAACGACAGUCAUCCUCUUUGAUAUCGUCUGCCCGAGCUGUGCCAUCACGGAACGACAACGGCAUCGCUGGAAAGCAUCCCCUCACAUUCACACAUCUUGGUCGUCGUGGCUACGACCUCACGCUUUACGCGCCAGCAUCCGUUGUACGAAAGAAAUGGGCCGAGUCGAUCGAAGCGCAGCAGCAACUCUUGCGGGAGAAGAACGGAAUCUACACAAAGACGAUUCUGUGUACCGGUUACUUUGACUCUUCCAACCGCGUCAACUGUGCGGUUCCGCUUGACGGAGGACGAAAGAUGCUGUAUGGCACCGACAACGGAAUCUAUAUGUCUGACACCCGGCCCACACGAGGAGCGUCAGAGAUUGCGCGGCCGCGAAAGAUGCUUGCAGUUCCCAACAUCACACAACUUGACGUGCUUGAAAAGUACUCGAUGCUGCUAGCACUGUCGGACAAGAAUCUGCUCUACUGGUCGCUUGACACGCUUGAGACAGAUGUAACUCACCCUGCGAAUGGCAACGGGAACUCCAAUGUGUCGGCCAUUGCGGCAGCGCGCAAGCCGAAGAAGGUUGCGACCCAUAUCAACUUUUUCAAAUCAGGAGUCUCGCUUGGCCGAGUGCUUGUAUGCACGGUGAAGACGAACGCGAUGACGACGACUGUGCGUGCGCUGGAGCCCGAGGAGCCACACCCGCGGGGCCGAAAGCAGACUACUUUCAGAAGACUCUUGCAAGGUCAGAGCGAAGGACUGAAGUCUUUCAAGGACUUUUACGUACCGUCGGAAGCGAUAUCUUUGUCAUUUUUGAAGUCGAAGGUGUGCAUUGGUUGUGCAAAGGGAUUCGAAAUUGUGUCGUUGGAGACUUUGGAUACACAGUCUUUGCUUGAUCCUGCUGAUACAUCUCUUGACUUCGUGAUGAACCGUGAGGGAUUGAAGCCGAUCGCUAUCUACCGAUUGAAUGGAGAUUUCUUGCUGAACUACUCUGAUUUCUCAUUCUUUGUGAACCGCAACGGUUGGCGGUCACGAUCGGAUUGGAUGAUCCACUGGGAAGGUUUGCCGCAGUCGUUUGCGCUUUCGUAUCCUUAUAUUCUGGCGUUUGAGCCCAGCUUUAUCGAGAUCAGACAUGUGGAAAGUGGCGCGCUGGUUCAUAUUAUCACGGGCGAGAACAUCAGAUUCUUGCACGAAAGCACGAACGAGAUCCUGUAUGUCUACGAAGACGACCACGGGAUAGAUGUCGUUGCUUGGCUUGAUUUCUGGGGAUCAGCGGUUGCGAGACCAGCGGGAGAAGCAGCUGAAGGCGUACAGGGACUAGGAAUCAAUGGAGCCGUGGUUGGCAGACAGAGGCUUGAUGACUGAACGAAGGCUAAGGAGAAAGAAUCGAAAGUAAUUAAAAAAGGCGACGACAAAAACAGAGUAAACAAGAGGUGAUUUAUCUUGAUAAUUUUUUUCUUAAUUCUUUUUGGUGUAUUCUUUCAUUUGAUUACUGUAUUACUAAAAUUACGAGUACGAUCUAUAAUAUAUAUGUUUAAUGACCAUUAUUCAUAGUAUCAAUUGUUGAUGUUAUGUGACGGAAUUGUGGGAGAAAGGCGGAAAUGAAUUUAAAAACAGUCAAAAUCUGAGUUUGGCG